AUGAGUUUACGCACUUUCAGGCUCGACCCUUGGGGUGAUCUCACUCUUCGAAUCGGUCCAGACGGCGCAACAGAAGACUACAUUGUCUGUCCGAGAACACUGGCUCGUACGUCUCCAGUGUUCGAGCGUAUGCUAUAUGGCGAUUUUGCGGAAGCAGACCCCAGCACAAGGGCAGCUAUGGGCGAAUGGAUCGUACGAUUACCAGAAGACAAGCCGGUGACCAUGGGCCUCUUUCUCUCGAUAAUACACGGCAGUUACGAUGAGACUCUACGAAACCUUUCUCUCGACAAGAUCUAUGACUUAACUGUCGUAGUCCACUAUUAUGAUGCAACCAAAGUACUUCGACCGUGGGUGGAAGUCUGGAUCAACCAUAUCGCCAAUUUAGUUGAAGAUAUCAACACGCCGAUGCUGAAGGUCUUGUGGAUUGCGUGGGAACUUGGUGCCAUACCGUUAUUCCAGACGGUAUCGCGUUACGUCUUGUUGGAGUUCGAUGCUGCAGACUUUGCGGAUGCACUAUCCUGUAGCAGCAUUCAAACACCCCCUGGUGUGUUAGAACAUAUACACUCUGUUCGAGAAGAUAUCUUGUGCUCGUUGCUGCAGCCAUUCAGAGACUUGAUUGACCACCUACUAAUCGAGGAUGAGAAACCACGAUGGUGUCGACACGCUGUUUGGAUGGGACCGCAUAGGUGCGAAUCGAUAAUCCUCGGGUCACUUACAUGGAGUCUCUGCAGGGCAAAACUUUGGCCGCUACCAGAAGCACCAGAUGUUUAUGACAGUAUUGCAGCGAUUCAUACACAUUUGUCAACACUUACAAUCCACGAUUUGGGAAAAUUCGAGAAGAGAGAGGACCAUAGUAUCUGCAAUCCGUCAGCAACGAUUGGUUCGCAAAUACAGACAACCCUCAGUCGUCUUACUCUCCCAUUGACUCGGAGACAGAGAGAGUACAUGGAAAAACAAGAACUUGUGCUUGGCAGGAAGCACAAAUCUCCGACACAAGUUAGUGAUAUAGACGACAGGAGAAUAUAG